AUGCUGCUUUGUCUUGUUGCUGCUGCUGUUGUCGUUGUUGCCAAAUCCUAUUUUCACUAUCUUUGAUCAUGGCCCACAGAUAGAGCUAAAAUACCAAUGGGAUGGAGUGGGGAGCCCUGACUGGCGGUGCCACGGACAGGGCCAGAGAGAGAGCCUCCCUAAAGAUGUCUGGCUCUUCUCUGCCUUGGGGCUGUUUUAAUGACAUCUCUGAAGGUUCACCCAGAACUGGAGCUGCGAAGUACAGAGGGUAGGUUCCUGGAGCCGGUCAGUCUGGAUUCUCAGGAAGAAUUCCAGGCUGCAAAUGAGGGGAAAUGCUCACCUCCAGCUGAUGAGACAGUCUCAGGGAAAGAAGGGAACACCAGGUAGCCUGGGGAGGAGGCCCCUGUCCACCCAGGUCUGAACACAAGGACCUAAGCCUUCCCAAAACUUGCAAGCUGGGAGGGGGAAACAAGACAUCAUUUCUCUUGUGACCCCCUUAAUCUCAAACUUAGAAGGACCAGAGGGACAGCCCACUCAUACUGGGGGCUGUGGAACAACUAGACACAGAGACAGAUGGGGGUGUAGUAUGCCGAGAGGCGUGAGAAGACCCGGUAGAGCUGGCUGGUCAGGGACUGGCAGGUGGAGCCAGUUUGAGAGCCUGGAUGCUGAUGUCAUCUGUCUGCAGCCCUGAGGUGCUGGGACCUUCCUAGGCAAAAGGAGUUCCAGUCCAAGGGACCAGUUUCACCAGGCCAAGCCUGGUGAGUGCUGCAAGACAGCUUGUCAGCAGGGCCCUGUGAGAACAAAAGUAUGCAUCUCCAGCUUGGAAACAAUCUGCCCUACAGGGCUGUGAGUGGAAGAAGAUCCCUUCUCUUUUGCUCUCUGAACACCUAGUGUGGCAAGAAUCAAAUUGGUAUGGGAUCUGUCACCAAACACCUUCCCUUUUUACCUCAGCCCCAGGUCUGACAGAACUUUGACUGGGACCAUCCCCCCCCCAACCCCCCAGCAUGACCUCAGUUCCUAGAAAGGAGAAGGUGGGUGGAGUCAGACUUUCCCGUCCCUACCAGGGGACAGCCCCCAGAGACUGGCCUCUUGACAGGAGGGAUGAAGCAACUAUCUUCCCUUUUUCCCAGAAGCUCAGCCCCGCCUCCCCUCCCCUCAUAAACUACUCACGGACCCGCCCUACACCUUCCACUCGCGUGGCUACGUCCAGCCUGUUGGUCCCGUCCCAAACGCCCUGACCUGCUCCACCCGGGCCCCGGGACCUGGUGGUGCCAUCAUCAACACCGCUGCCAGGUGAGAAGCUCCAACUUACACCUCAGUAGUGCUGAGCCACAGCGGGCCUUCGCUGUCAAGGGACAAACAGCCCAGAAAGGACCGAUCUCCAGCACAAUGGAAGGUCCUCGCUCAGACGUGGGCCGCUGGGGUAGGAGCCCCUGGCAGCCCACGACACCGUCGCCAGAGCCAGAGCCAGAGCCAGAGCCAGACAGAAGCUCGCGCUCCCGCCGAGGAGGAGGCCGCUCCUUCUGGGCUCGCUGUUGUGGCUGCUGCUCCUGCGGGAACAGAGCUGAUGAUGACUGGGGACCCGAACCUUCUGGCUCCAGAAGCCGAGGGACCAGCUCCCGGGGUGGAGGCUCCCGGGGUGGGGACUCUCGGGGUAGGGACUCUCGAGGUGGCCGAAGACCUGAGUCUCGGGGCAGUGGUGUGAAUGCAGCUGGAGAUGGCACCAUCCGAGAGGGAAUGCUGGUUGUGAAUGGUGUAGAUCUGCUGUGCUCGCGAUCAGACCAGAACCGCCGAGAGCACCACACCGAUGAGUUUGAAUAUGACGAGCUAAUUUUGCGCCGUGGGCAGCCCUUCCACAUAAUCCUCUUCCUGAACCGGGAGUAUGAGUCCUCUGAUCGCAUUGCCCUUGAGCUUCUCAUCGGAAACAAUCCUGAGGUGGGCAAGGGCACCCACGUGAUCAUCCCAGUGGGUAAGGGAGGCAGCGGUGGCUGGAAGGCCCAAGUGACUAAGACCAAUGGACACAACCUAACCCUGCGCGUCCACACCUCCCCUAAUGCCAUCAUUGGCAAGUUUCAAUUCACUGUCCGUACACGCUCAGAGGCUGGCGAGUUCCAGCUGCCCUUUGACCCCCGCAAUGAGAUCUACAUCCUCUUCAAUCCCUGGUGUCCAGAGGACAUAGUGUAUGUGGACCACGAAGACUGGCGACAAGAAUAUGUGCUUAAUGAGUCUGGAAGAAUCUACUAUGGGACAGAAGCACAGAUUGGCGAACGGACCUGGAAUUAUGGCCAGUUUGACCAUGGGGUGCUGGAUGCCUGCCUGUACAUUCUGGAUCGGAGGGGGAUGCCAUAUGGAGGUCGCGGGGACCCAGUCAGUGUCUCUCGGGUCGUCUCUGCCAUGGUGAACUCCCUGGAUGACAAUGGAGUUCUGAUUGGGAACUGGACUGGCGACUACUCUCGAGGCACCAAUCCCUCAGCGUGGGUGGGCAGUGUGGAGAUCCUGCUUAGCUACCUACGCACCGGCUAUUCCGUCCCCUAUGGCCAAUGCUGGGUCUUUGCCGGUGUGACCACCACAGUGCUCCGAUGUCUGGGCCUUGCUACCCGUACUGUCACCAACUUCAACUCUGCACACGACACGGACACGUCCCUCACUAUGGACAUUUAUUUUGAUGAGAACAUGAAGCCACUGGAGCACCUGAACCACGAUUCUGUUUGGAACUUCCACGUGUGGAACGACUGCUGGAUGAAGAGGCCAGAUCUGCCCUCAGGCUUUGAUGGGUGGCAGGUUGUGGAUGCCACACCCCAGGAGACCAGCAGUGGCAUCUUCUGCUGUGGCCCCUGUUCAGUGGAGUCCAUCAAGAAUGGCUUAGUCUACAUGAAGUAUGACACACCUUUCAUUUUUGCCGAGGUAAACAGUGAUAAGGUAUACUGGCAGCGGCAGGAUGACGGCAGCUUCAAGAUCGUGUAUGUGGAAGAGAAAGCCAUUGGCACACUGAUUGUCACAAAGGCGAUCAACUCCAACAUGCGAGAGGACAUCACCCACAUCUAUAAGCACCCAGAAGGCUCAGAAGCAGAGAGGAAGGCUGUGGAAAAGGCUGCGGCCCAUGGCAGCAAACCUAAUGUGUAUGCCACCCGGGACUCUGCUGAGGAUGUGGCAAUGCAGGUGGAGGCACAGGAUGCUGUGAUGGGGCAGGAUCUGACUGUCUCUGUGGUGUUGACCAAUCGUGGCAGUAGCCGACGCACUGUGAAGUUGCACCUCUACCUUUGUGUCACCUACUACACUGGUGUCUCUGGGCCUACCUUCAAGGAGACCAAGAAAGAAGUGGUAUUAGCCCCAGGAGCCUCGGACACUGUGGCCAUGCCUGUGGCCUACAAGGAAUACAAGCCCCACCUUGUGGACCAGGGGGCAAUGUUGCUCAAUGUCUCAGGCCAUGUCAAGGAGAGUGGGCAGGUACUAGCCAAGCAACACACCUUCCGUUUGCGCACCCCAGACCUCUCUCUGACAUUACUGGGAGCUGCAGUAGUUGGCCAGGAAUGUGAAGUCCAGAUCGUGUUCAAGAACCCCCUGCCUAUCACCCUCACCAACGUUGUCUUCCGGCUCGAAGGUUCUGGGUUACAGAGACCCAAGGUCCUCAAUGUUGGGGACAUCGGGGGUAACGAGACGGUUACACUGCGCCAGACAUUUGUUCCUGUGCGACCAGGCCCCCGCCAGCUCAUUGCCAGUCUGGACAGUCCACAGCUUUCCCAAGUACACGGUGUCAUUCAAGUGGAUGUGGCCCCAUCCUCUGGAGGCAGAGGUUUCUCAGAGGCUGUAGGUGACAGUCGCUCCGGGGAGAACAUACCUAUGGCAUUUCGAGGUGGAGCUUAGCCCUGGGCCAGGAGCAAUAGGACUGAAAUCAGAUGAACAAGGACAUUGCCCCAAGAUGGGGUCCUACCAUAAAGUAGCUCCCCUGGCUCGGACAAGAAGGCUGGGGCACCCGGGGAGGCUGUUACUCUUUACCUGUGCUGAUAAUAAACCGUUUUUUAAUGAA